AUGGCUGGAGCUCCUCCUUCCAACCCGUGGGGGAAGAUCUCGAGCCCGAUUCAAGGCUUAAACAGGGGCUUUUUUGCUUUAGAAGGAGAGGAUGCAGUUUCUUCGCCUUCUCGUUCCUUUAAGGAUGUUCUUGCUGCUGAUCCGAUGUCAGGUGACAAAAUCCCUAACUUAACUCAAUCGACGUUUAAUGGAGUUCCGGCUGUUCAACUUUCGGACGAAGAUGUCCUCAAACUUGCUUCUCCAUUUCAGUUCACCUUGGUAGGAAAGUUUGGUUUGCGUAGACCGAAUCUCGACUCUAUUCGUAGUUUUUUCGGUAAUUUGAAGUUAUCUGGUUUCUUUUCUGUUGGUUUAAUGGAUUCUCGCCAUGUUGCUAUUCAGCUUUCUAAUGAUCUAGAUUAUAGUAGGAUUUUUGCUAGAAGGGCUUAUUUCAUUAACAACUGUCAAAUGCGCGUUCUUAAAUGGACACCUUUUUUCGAUGUUAAAGAGCAAUCUCCCAUUGUUCCAAUUUGGAUCUCUUUUCCUAACCUAAGAUUGCAUUUUUUUAACCCAAAAGUGUUGCAUGCAUUAGGAUUGAUUUUUGGUAGACCGCUUCAAACUGAUCAGGCAACUGCUGCUAGAACUCGACCUUCUGUUGCUAGAAUUCUGGUGGAAGUUGAUAUUUCAAAAAAACAUCUGAAAGAGGUUUGGGUGGGUUCUAAAGCCUUUGGUUACCUUCAAAAAGUUGAGUUUGAAAAAACACCGGAUUUCUGUCAAAACUGUAAGAUUCAUGGUCAUUCUGUUACUGAGUGUUUCAAGUUGCAUCUGCAUCUUAAAAAAACUAUUGCUCAAAAUAAAGUGGUUUCGGUUUCUGAAGAAAAUCUCGUUGAAUUACCUUCCAAUAAUGCUGAAAUCCCUGUGAAUUUAGAACAAAAUUUAAAUACGGUCAAUGUUUCUGUUAGCCCUACUGUUACAGAGAAUCCGAAAAAUAAAUUUUCGGUGUUAGAUAACAUUAAUGAAGAAAAUGAAGUAAUCUCUAAUGUCUGUACGAAGGAACCUGACAUUUAUAUAUCGAUAAACUCUAUGCUUAAUUUGACUAAAGAUAUGCUUGAUCAUACUCAUAAACAGGUUGAGGUUUCGAAUGAGCAUGCUAGUGCAGAAAAACAGAGAUGUGAGGAAGGGGAAUUUAUCCCCAACUUAAACAAUGAAAUGGAUCUUUACGAGGUGGCUGGUAAUAUCAUGGAGAAUAAAGAGGAUAGCUUUACUACUAAUGAAGUUGGUAAGCUUUCUUCCUGUGAUGAAGAUGGGGAGUUCAUUAAGGUGGGAAGGAAAAAGGGUAAGAAUAUCUUACCUUCGACGCCUCGUUCAACCCGUGCUAAAAAUUCUACAAAAUCUUUUAAUGGUUAA